AAAUUAACCGAAAAUAAACUCUACGAUAUCGAUAUAGAGGAGUUAAGAAAGACUGUACUCAAUACAGAACGAGACCGUCUAAAGGAGCAGCAGCAACAGAAAUUGUUUUUGGGGAAUAUGGGCGCCGUGCCGAUGAUACACGAGAAUGCGGCCGAGGCACGUUUCAAUCAGCUGGAACAAACGCUGGAAAAUUUUCAGGAGAAUGCCAGGCAAAUGGGUGUAAUCGCGAGUGAUUUCACGACGCGGAGUCAGGAUCCGUUGAAUCAGAAGAUUCACACACUGAUUUCAGGGCUUCGGGAAUUGGAUCACUUGAAAAAUCAGUUUAUGGAUGUGAAAAUACCGUUGGAGUUAUUGGAUUAUUUGGAUCAAGGCAAAAAUCCGCAGCUGUAUACGAAAGAGUGCUUGGAGAGGACGUUGAAUAAAAAUAAAGAGGUCAACGGCAAAAUUGAGAUUUAUAAGAAAUUUCGUGCGGUUUUGUUGAAAGAGCUGGGGGAAGAGUUGCCAAACGAUACGGUCUUG